AUGUAUUCAUUUCUUUCCACGACUAGCAAUCGUGAUCUGGCACUCUUUUACUUAGGCGAUCUAGCAGCAUCCGACAACUUACAAAAAGUUCUAUUUGAGAUUGAUGCCGACCCUCGAUUAGACAGUAUCAUGCCAUUUGCCAAUAUCACUGCUCAAAGUCACUUUCCAGAUGAAGAAGAAAUUCUCAUGAUGCUCGGGAGUAUCUUUCGUCUUGAGUCUAUUCGGCAGCAAAGAGAAAAACACGGUCAAGUAGUGCAUAUCAUUCGAAUGACAUUGUGCAGUGAUAAUCAUCACAAUGCAAAACUUGUCUAUGAAACGAUGAAAAGUGAACUUGGUGUCGACGACAAUGGAAAAACAAGUCUCCUUCAGUUUGGAGAUGCACUGAUUGAGAUGGGAAAGUUUAAUGAGGCAAGCAAAUAUUUUCGUCGUCUGCUCCACGAACUUCCGGAUAAUCAUCCAGACAUUGCUCGUUGCUAUCAUUGCGUUGGAAAAGUAGCUACUGGCAAAGGAGAAUAUGAAACGGCUCUUGAAUGGCUUCAUAAAGCGCUCGAAAUCCGAAUACAAACGCUACCAUCGAAUCACAAGGAAAUCGGAGAUAGCCAUAAUAGUAUCGGCAUUUUAUUUGGAAGCAAGGGUGAAUACAGCUCGGCGCUCGAUUGUUUUGGCAAAGCUUUGGCUAUUUGGCAACAAACGAGUGACAAGAAUCAUCAACGAGUAGCCUGGUGCUUCAACAAUAUGGGCAUUAUCUAUCAAGAGGAAAAGAAGUAUAUCGAAUCACUCGAAUGCCAGGAAAAAUCACUUAGUAUCAAAGAAAAAAAUCUUCCUGACGAUCAUCCGGACAUAGCAACAUCACUCCUUAACAUUGGCGAUGUUUAUCGUUCUGUUAAUCGACAUGACGCGGCGAUAGAAUAUUACGAGCGAGCACUUAGCAUUUUUCAAAAGUCUCUACCUGACCACCAUUAUCACAUUGGACACACACUGUGUAGCAUCGGUCUCCUGUAUGAGAAAACAUUAGAACUUCAAAAGUCUUUGUUUUACUUGCAGAAGUCAAGUCAUGUUUAUCAGCAAAUAUUGCCUGUGGCUCACCGUGAUCGAGUCAAAAUUGAGCAAGGUAUCUCACGAAUAACAGAAAAAAUGAAGUCUCCUCUUAUGACAUCUCAGUGA